AUGGACGCCCCAACAUCGGCAGAAUGGAAUUUUUUUAACGCUUUUAACACUUUGUUGUCACCACAACCGAUUGUCGAUAACACGAAUACAACCUGCAUGGUAAACGUUCUCAAUGGGCUCAACAUGCAGCAAUCCCCAGUCCUUAUGUCGCCGGGAAUUGUUCCCAUCUCACCGGCUAUCUUGCAUCAAUCACCACCCGCCAAUUUCGCAGGAGGUGUGCAGUACACGAUGAAUCCAGUGACGGGGAAUUCAACUGUUCCAGUGGUAAAUUUUGCACAGCAAAUGACUCCGAAUGGGCGCGUUGCUACUUCAAUCGGGCACUCAAACAUUCGCCUAACAGCAAAUGGAAAACGUGUCGGUCGUCCUCCAGGCACUUUUAAGAGACCUCCGAAUCGCCAAGAGCAAAAAGCCGACCGAGGAGAAGAUAUUGACGUCGAAACUCUCAUCGAUGUAACCUGCAAGUGGCGAGAUUGUGGACUAAAAUUUUCGACGCUUCAAGCUCUUGUCGAUCACGUUCAUGAUGUGCAUGUCCAAUCAGUAUCUCAAGUUCAUCAUUCAUGGCGUUGUGAAUGGGAGGGAUGUGAGCGUGUUGAGACGUUUAAAGCAUUGUAUAUGCUCAUUGUUCAUGUUCGGCGACAUACCGGUGAAAAACCGAACAAGUGUGAUUAUCCGGGUUGCGGAAAGGAAUACAGUCGUCUUGAGAAUUUGAAAACACAUCGCCGCACUCACACUGGGGAAAAACCGUAUAAAUGCGAGUUUCCGGAAUGCCAAAAAGCAUUCUCGAAUGCAUCCGAUCGCGCGAAACAUCAAAAUCGAACUCAUUCCAAUAUGAAGCCCUACGCAUGUCAAAUCCCAGAUUGCUCGAAGUCUUACACCGAUCCGUCGUCUUUGCGGAAGCAUAUUAAAGCAGUUCACGGAGAUGAAGAGUACGAACGCGCUAAGAAAGCCCGCCCAAAUUGCGGAACGAACAACUGUAAAAGACGUGGUGGAGGCUAUAACAUGGUUAUUCCUUCUAACCUGGGAAUUGUGGGAUUUCCUGGGAUGAUCAAUUUUCAAGGUUAUCCAAACAUUCCACAAACGCCUCAAAAUGUGUUGCAAACUCAACCAAUGUAUUUUGGUUCUGGUGUGCUCACACCGCAAAUCCCUGUUCUUUCCACCAUUCGACCGCUUGCGCCGAAUGGAUCUGCAUAUUCAUUCACACUUGAUCAAUCACCACUUUCGACAAGCACAAACCCAACCACUCCUCGUUUGGAAUUCUCCGAUUCGAGCUGCACACCGCCAAUGCUAGCGAAAGAAACAAAAUCUGAUGAAGAAGAAGAGGAAAUCAGAAAGAAAAAAGAGUCCGAAAAGAGUCUUAAGCGUCCGCAUUCCGAGGAUCGUUUUGAGCCUCCUAAUGGUCCAGAUACAAAUGGCGGAAUUGAAGUAAAUACGAGCAAUGUGUCGGGACAGAUCGUGUCUGUUCGUAGCGUCAGUUCUUCUUCCGGAGAAGAACCACCAAAAAAACGGUAUUUGAGCUUUAACAUCAAAGACAUUUUGGAAAUGGCACGUUUAUCAGAUUGCCCACAUAUUUUCGGAAGAGUUCUUGAAAUCGUCGUCAACGAAGUAACCUCUAGGAAAGCAGCCAUACUAGUUCUUGAUAGACUUAACGAAAUUCGUAGAGAUCUCCGCUCGCACUGGACAAAAAUGGGAUAUAUCCAAAUAAAACCUAGAGAUGACUUGUCAAAAUUGGUGGCCCGAAUUCUCCGAAACAAUUUUCCGGAUUUUGGCGUCGAAUUUCAUGAUUUUAUGAAAAAGAAAUUCAAACGAGUCCAUAAAAAAGAUCAUAAGAAAACAUACAACCCAUCGCUUGAACUUGCUUUCUCGUCAUCCGACGAGGAAUCGUCGCCUAGCCUAAGUUCUAACGAGAAUAAUGACGCGCCAGAAGACGGACCACCGAGUCUUGAUAGAAUAAAUGAAACUGAUGAAAUUGACGGAGAAGGUCUUUCAAUGAUGAGAAGUGUUGCUUAUCAUAAUAUGGCUCGAACUUUUCCACAGAAAGGCGGCCCUGUUCCUCCUCCCCCACCUCCUCCUCGUUCAACGAAUAAUCUCUCCAUCUUAGACGAAUUAACAGUGGAUAUAGCCGAAGAUGACGUGUUGUUUCAAUAUGUUGAGGCUCGCCUUAAUGCUCGUGUUGUGGAAGACGAAAGCGAUUUUGAGGAUAUGCAUAUAACGCUUGCUGAUUUGGCUCCAGCCUAUGACGAAGAGCCGAUUCCUACAAUUCAGAAUAUGGCUCAUUCUUCAGCUGAGGAUAAUGUAUUAAAUGAUGACACCGAAGACGAGAUGUUUUCCUAUUCGAUGCCAGAAUAUACCAAUGAAGAGCCCAUGUUCUCACCUUCGUCUUCCACUUCCGGCGCAUCUGGAUCUUCGGGAAUGCCUCCAAACGGCGGUGGCCCUCGAGGUGAUGAUCAUUUUUACUACAAUCGAGAACUUCCACCAGUGAGAGAUGAUGAAGAUACCGAUGAUGAGAUGGAAGAAGAGGAAAAGCCAUGCAAACGAGUUCGUAUUAAGACGAGACUCGCUAAACAAAAUAUUGCUUCACGUCCAUUUGGAAAUUAA